AUGUCUCAUUGGUUUAAAAACAAUAAUGUAGAGAGUGAAGAUGAUUCAGAGGAGGAAGCAGAUGGAGAAUAUGUCGAUGAAGAGAAUGAUGUUGCUGUUCAGGCACAAGCUUCCAAUUCUGAACAGCUCUUGGUCAGCGUUUUGAGAUACCUAGGAAUAGAUGAUGAGACACUGAACAAGUUAGCUGAUGAAAACUACAUUUCUUCAUUACAAAGCAACUUGAUUGACAUUCCUUCGUAUUUACAAACCAAGUUGGACAGCAUUUUCUCAACAUCUUUGAAUAAUUUUGAGUAUGACAGCUGUCUUGGUGGAGGUGGUUGUGGAGUUGUGUUGAAAUGUAGACACAAAAUGGAUGGUAAAAUGUACGCUCUAAAGUUUAUUCCCUUUGCUGAUGAAGACGAUGAUUCGAAUGGUCAAAUAUCCAUCAAUGAAGCAUUGAAAGAAGUCAAAAUUUUGUCUUCACUGCAUCACGAGCAUACAGUACGAUAUUACAAUAGCUUUAUUGAAAAGGAAAUUCCAGAAUCAUUUAAAAAAGACAUUAUCCAUGUUUGUAAAGAAAAUGCAAUAGAGAUUUCUGAUAAGUUUCUCGUCAUUCAGAUGGAAUGUUGCUUCACUAACUUGGGUUCAUUCCUCGACAAAUAUAAAAUUGGAAAAGGAGAAAGAAACCAACUCAGAUCUUUUCUUAGACAAACACUUACUGGACUCUCCUAUCUCCAUAGAGAGGGAAUUGUGCACUACGAUAUCAAACCUCAUAACAUUCUAAUCAGUGAAGAAAACAAAAUCAAGAUUACUGAUUUUGGAUUGAGUGCUACAGCAGGAAGAUCCUCUGUUGGAGAGUGUGCUGAUGAUUGUGGAACAUCUCUUUAUUUUACUGACAAAUUUCAAAAAGAAGAAAGGGAUUUGUUUGCUUUGGGAAUUACUUAUUUCCUAAUGAUUAACAAUGAUAAUCGUGAGGCCAGUAAAUUGAAACAAGACCCAAAUAAUUAUGAAUUCUCAAUUGAUUUUACAGAUAUGGACAAGAUGUUGAUUAAGAAAAUGCUUACUAAUCCAACUAGUGCAGAUGAGUUGAUUAAAAUAAUUGACAAGAGCAAAUAUUUUUGCUGCAAUUGCAAUUUAGAACGUAUUGGAAUGGUACAGUUCAUUGAGCAUGAGAAAUCUGAAGCGCAUGUCAAAAAAAUUGACCUCAACAAACAGCUUUCCAAUAUUACCGACGCAACCAAUGCUCUAAUUCGUAUUUCUCAAUCAUGCAACAUUCCUGAACCAAUCUAUAGCCAUCCUUUAAAUACAAGUUUCACUUGUAAGAUAGAUUUCAAAGCUAAAAGUCUGACUUCAAAUGUUCAUUCUACGAAAAAAGCUGCCAAAAACGAAGCUUCUCAAUUAAUGUUGGAUCUUAUUAAGGGAGAAUGUUGUCAAUUAUUGAAAGACUCAUAAGAAUAUACAAUUACUCCACCGUACGAUUAGAAAUAACAGAAUGAGAUUUAUUAGAAACAAGGAUGUGAAGAUUUCUUAAUUCUAGAACGAAUAAAAGUAAUUAACAUAUUCAAUGAA